AUGCCCGAAAUAGGUUCAUGUACUGAUAUAACAUGUAAUGAUGAAAUAAAAGAAUUAUAUGAAUGUCAUUGUUGUUUGCGUCUUGUUUGUUUAAAUCAUUUAAUUCAACAUGUCGAAAUAACAAAACAAAAUAAACAACGAUUAAAUAGUGUUCGUGAUGAAUUAAAUACAGUUAUAACGGCACUUACACUAAUUGUUGAAAAAAAGCUAUUGACAAUUGGGCCGCGAACAAAAUUUGAUUGA